AAUCCACUCACAGCGGAUCCAGCGCGAGCCUUCCUUAACCAACAGGAUGUCGCGAGGGGCGGGGCUUGUGCCGCUGUGAGACACGUGUACAGGGAAGCAGGAAGUAAACAGUGCGGAUCUCGGGGGUUCCUGUCUUCACAGCUGGGCGCCAUGCUUCCUGAUCGCAGUCCUGUGGUCCAGGCCCUGCUGGGCACUCUGUUCACCUGGGGGCUGACCGCUGCAGGGGCUGCGCUGGUCUUCGUCUUCUCUGGCGGACAGAAGCGGAUUUUGGAUGGAAGUCUGGGCUUUGCUGCUGGGGUGAUGUUAGCAGCCUCCUACUGGUCCCUGCUGGCCCCCGCUAUCGAGAUGGCAGAGGAAUCUGGGAAAUAUGGGGUGUUCGCGUUCUUCCCGGUCACUGUGGGUUUUGCACUGGGGGCAGCAUUUGUUUAUUUUGCGGACCUGAUGAUGCCAUUUCUGGGUGUUGAUGUGGACCCACAUCUGUCCCUGGCUCACCCUGCUGACUCCAGACCACCCAAAGAGAAAGUGGAAGACCCUGUAGCCCGGUCCACAGAAGCAGAGGAGCUGUCAAUCAGGAUAGGUAGAGCUGGAGCUCACUCAGAUAAACUGGAGAACGGAGAAGUUCACCAGAGGAGAAAGGGAACCCAUGCUGGGCAUGCAGAAGGGCAGGAAGUAAUUGCAAGACCGCAGGAAGUGACGGGGCCAUCAAGGAGCAGCUGGAGACGCAUCAUUCUGCUAAUCCUGGCCAUCACCAUCCACAACAUUCCUGAGGGUUUGGCGGUGGGGGUGGGAUUUGGAGCUGCUGGGAAGACCACCUCAGCUACGUUCGAGAGCGCCAGAAACCUGGCCAUAGGCAUAGGGAUCCAGAAUUUCCCAGAAGGUCUUGCGGUGAGUUUGCCACUGCGAGGCUCUGGAGUGUCCACUUGGAGAGCCUUCUGGUAUGGGCAGCUAAGUGGGAUGGUAGAGCCACUGGCGGGGUUGCUAGGCACUGUUGCCGUGGUGCUGGCUGAGCCGUUGCUACCCUAUGCUUUGGCCUUUGCUGCGGGGGCCAUGGUUUACGUGGUGGUGGACGACAUCAUACCUGAAGCCCAAGUCAGUGGAAAUGGAAAGCUGGCCUCCUGGACCUCGAUUCUCGGCUUCAUCGUGAUGAUGUCCCUGGACGUCGGUCUUGGAUGAAGCCAACCAUUCACUGGAACUCUGAGUGACCUUUCUGAAUGUCCUGGCCGCUGGGCAGCACUGUAAACAGGACCAAAUGAACUGUAUUCUCAAUAAUUCAGGGUUAAUGAAGUGGAGAAUGUUUGGAUUUUUUUACUUAUUAAUGAUUAAUAGAUUUGUUUUCACAUAGUGAUCAUUAGUGAUUAGUAAUGUAUUACAGAAUGACCUAAUACUUGAAGUUAUCAAUGUAUGAAUGGCUGACGUGGGUGAAAGAGGGUGAUUGUGUACAGAUGAGUGGUUUAUAGUUUUCCAGGUUUACAUUUUUCCCCUUUUUGCUCCACAGCUGCCGUAUGAAAAUAAACAUUGUUCAUUAAAACUACAUGUUCUCAGCCUUAAUACACAGCAGUGACUCCUCCCAUUUAACUGGAUUCAUUACCAAGCUUGUUUCUCAUUGGUCUUUAAGGAGCUUUUAUUCUGCCACUGGACUGUGCUACAUGUCCUGUAGAGGCUCUUUUUAAAGGGCAUUCCACCAGAAGUCCAUCAUUUAAUAUGUGUUUGCUCACUUUCUGAGAGAGUCCCAGCCAAUACUGUCCAUUCUGAGCUGAAAUAGAUCACUUUAUUAGAGAUGCCUCCCUGACAGCUCCAUGCUGUAGGUGUACAGACUGUAGUCCAUCUGUUGCUGUACAUUUUAACAGUCCCCUCUUCAAUAUCGAAUCAGUAUCAGCUGAUACUCCAUCAUCAAUCAUGAAUAUCGGUAUUGGUAUUAAAUAUUAGUAUCUCGCCGUCUGUAGUCCCUGUACACACAGCCUGCUGGUGUGACUGAAUUCUUUCAAUUUCUCUGAACUUCAGAGAGCUCACAUAUUAAACUAUGGAUUUGCAUGGAGCACUUACUGAGAGGAGUGUGUGUGUGUGUGUGUGUGUGUGUGUGUGUGUGUGUGUGUGUGUGUGUGUGUGUGUGUGUGUAUUUGUUGUUGGAUAAACAUGAUUGUAUGGAAAUAUUACAUAAAUUUCCAGAAUGGAGUGAUACUGUAAUAAACCAAACCUGCCUAAA